AUGUAUAUCGAUGUUACCAUGCCAAAGAUGGCAAUGACAUCGAGAACACCAAGACCAUCAGUAAGAAUUCAACCACCUAAAUUUAAAAUCAAGGAGCCAACAUCACCAAGAUUCAGAAAUUCAGCAAGAUUUCAAAAACAAAACGAUCUUGUACGGCAAACGGCUAUAAUUCCUAAUGCACCAAUGUCACCUCAAGAUGUAAUACAACAGUACUCAUGCUUUUUAACUUCUCAUGAGUUAACUGAAAUUUUUGGAUUCAAAGAAAUUUAUUAUCUAGGGAGACUAUCUCAAAAAGUUAUUCCACAUAUAGGAUUAUCGCACAAUAGAGGGUUUGAUGAUAAUAACGGCAAUCUUAAAGUUAAAAUUGAUGAUCAUUUAUCAUAUAGAUACCAGAUAAAGCAAAUUCUUGGUAUGAGUGAUCAUGCAAUUACAACAUUAUCAUAUGAUCAUAAGAUGCGAAGGAAUUUUGUUGUGAAAAUCAUGUCAAGCACUUCAUCUUCCUUUGAAUUACCAGCUUUAAAGAAAUUAAGUUACUCAAAGAAUAUCGUACAUCUUUACUCUUCGUUUAUAUUUAGAAAUCAUAUAAUAAUGUGCCUUGAAGUUCUUGGAGGAAACGUUUAUUCGAUUUUAUCAGCGAAACCAGAUGCUGCUUCAUUAAAUUUAGCACGUUCUGUAGGAAAGUGUUUGUUUGCUGCCCUUAAUGAUUGCCAUUCUCAAAAAAUUUAUCAUGGAAAAAUAAAUUCAAGAAAUAUCUUAGUAGAUCCAGCAUUAAUUCAUGCCUCAUUCAAAUUAGCAGAUUUUAGUUCAUGUAAUCUCUUCGAAAAGUUCAAAAAAUCUCCAAAAAGAUUAAUCGAAAGAACUCCCGAAGAAAUCCUCGUUUACAAAGCAUAUCCUGACAAGAUAGAUAUCUGGAAUGCAGCUCUAACACUUGCAAACAUUGCUCUUGGCACUCCUUUGAUUCAAGGAAAAAAUCCGAAAUCAAUUAUCUUCGAAAUCCGAAGAAUAUCAGGAGAACCACCUCCACAAGUUGCUUCUUCAUGCGAGAAACCUGAUCUGCUUGUCAUGACUGUUGAAGAUACCAAAAAGAAACAGGAAACAAUUGUAAUAAAAGAAGAAGAAAUCCCAAUGAAUUUGGAACAAAAAGAAACAGAGGAAGAAGAAGAUAAUUACGAGGAAGAAGUAGAAGAAAUGAUAGAAGAAGAGGAAGAAGAAGAGGAAAAGCAACAAGGUGAAAUUUUGAUACCGAAAAAGAGAGAUUUAAUGAAACUUUUUAAUGACCAGAACUUUGUUGAUUUCCUGUUGAAAUGUUUCAGCUGGAAACCAGAGGAAAGGCCAACAGCAAGCCAAAUACUUGCCAUGCCUUUCUUCGCCGGACUUCCUGAAUUGAUAAACAAAAAAGGAAAAUAA